UGUGAACGUAAUGUCUACGCUGCCCUGUUCGGCUUCUUCUGCAGCGCAGCGCAGGCCCCGUAAGCGGUUCCGCAUUGACGAGGACUUGUGUUUGCUGCGCGAAGUAGCAGCUGCCGACCCCUACCAAAACCCCGCAGCAUGGGAGGAAAUACUUAGAAAUUUAAUGCUCGCCGUGAUGAGAGAGUUCACCAUUCGUGCUAUCAAGGAGCGCGUGGAUCUCCUCGUGGGGUAUUUUCGCCAGCAAGAUAACGUCAACCUAAGGAGGUCUGGCACCGAGGAGCAGUAUGGAGAGAGGGAGCAAUUAUUGCAAGAAAUCUCCGAUUUGAUGAAGAACGCCGGCUAUGUGCCGAGAACUUUGCCGAGAACGAGCAAUGGUACAGGGCCGCGGCGACAUACUGCAUUGGCUCGGUCGGCGACAGUCCGACAGCGCCUGGCGCGAGAAAUCAGAGACGCGGCCACGUCAUCGAUGAACGUGUCAGACGGUGGCGAAACACAUGGCAAGUGA